ACUAGUAGAACGUGAAAAUUUUAAACUUUAAUCCGAAUUCAUUAAGAUCAAAUUAUAUGACGCUUUACCUAAGUUGGUUUCCAAACGAAUUACGCUAUUUGAUCUUUAUAACCUAAAAAGUCUGAAUAAUUCAAUUCAAAUAGAAACAUACGAAUCUUUUAAACUGUAGCUUCUUGUGAAGCUGCUUUAUUUUUGCUUAAGUCAAGUAAUUUCAUUUUCAUGUAUUCAGGAAGCGAUCAGCCAUGCGCGCGCUGGCUGGCGGCAGCCGGAAUCGUCAUGGGUUGUUGCAUUGGUUGUUGAGAGCGUCGCUCUAAACAGCGCAUGAUGUGUUCGAGCGACUUGAGGCAAUUUAAGCGCUUUCUCACAACUUAUGCUUAAAUUAACAGUAGUGGCGAGUCACCUGUGAGACAUUGCGUUUCUUUUCUUUUAUUGCUAGUGUUGAGUAUUGUUUAGAUAGCUUUCAGAUGGAUUUGUUCAGCGAUCUCCCAGAGCCAGAAAGCGUGUCCAAGGCCGUUCGGCGGGAGCCAGUGACCAAGGAGAUCAGCCGCAAACUGAUCACGAAGGCGCAGAACGACGCACUUUUCGACGAUUUGCCAUCGCCCUCAUCAGCUGAGGAAAAGGAGCCCGUUGCACAGCCGAUCAAGAGGCCACGAGAAGAUGAGGAGGACGCGCAGAAUAAGAGGCCCGCGCAAAGUGUCAUUACGCUGCGUGGUUUCGUGGCGGAACGCAAGGGAGAGCGGGAGGACAUGCAAGACGCGCACGUCAUUCAAGAUGCUUACCACACAGACAUUCCUCAAUUGCACGGUUCCAUAUGUCGGCUUGCAUACUAUGCUGUCUUUGAUGGGCACAACGGUUCCAGAGCGUCACGUCACGCAUCUCAGCAGCUGCAUCGGCAGCUCGCCACCCGAUUCCCGAAGGGUGACAUGAGCCAUGUGGAAAAGGAAAUCAAGCGAAGCAUCAUGGAAAGCUUCAAGAAGACAGACGAGGAUUUCCUCAAGAGGGCGGCGAGUUGCAAGCCCUCUUGGAAAGAUGGCACAACAGCUGUAAUUGUGGUUGCCAUUAACAAUACACUUUACAUUGCCAACCUCGGUGACAGCAAGGCCAUCUUGUGCCGAUACCACGAAGAGUCUCAGAAGCACAUCGCGCUUCCACUGAGCAAAGAUCACAGUCCCACAGACUACGGUGAAAGGAUGCGCAUCCAAAAAGCAGGAGGAUUUGUCAAGGACGGACGAGUGCUAGGUGUGCUGGAGGUGUCACGCUCUAUUGGGGAUGGCCAGUACAAGCGAUGUGGUGUCAGCUGCCUCCCAGACGUCAUGCGUUGCCAGCUGACGCCUGCCGACCAUUUCCUUGUGCUUGCCUGUGACGGUCUCUGGAAAGUCUUCACCUCAGACCAGGUUCUUGCAAGUGUGCUCGCCACAUUGCAGGAUGAAACGAUAACAGCAGAAGGGGACAAGAAGAGGACACUGGAGCUGCGAUAUGAGGCCGCCUGCAGCAAACUCGCCAAUGAAGCUGUGCGAAAGCUGAGCGGAGACAAUGUCACCGUUGUCAUUGUUCACAUAGAGAGAGACAGGCAGUGAAUCUUUGGGCCAGCUUCGGCUAGCGAUUGCUGGUUAUUCCUGGUAUUGGUGCCCCAGGGAGGUUCUUAUGCAGCAAUAUUACUUUUUGUUCAACCUUCUCUUUUCCUUUAUCUCUCUUUCAUUUUGAGACAGUCCACUCAUCCCCUGCUCAUACCUUGCUCAUCUUCAUGCUGUUGUUGUUAUUUUUUUAGUGCUGAAUAUUUGUUAGAUUUUUUUCAGAGCACAUAGGCAAGUGUGACUGACUGGUUUGAGAAAAUUAUUUAAAAACUACUCCUGAGGGUGUUAAUUGAAUGAAUAUUAGCGCAUAACUUCACUGUGAUGACAGACCGCACAUAUUCAGUCUGGCGAAAGCACCGAACACAUCAGCAAAAUGUGUUGCUAUGUAAAGAAAACAACUCUGUACAGAGGAAUGUAUUGAUUCCAAUUGCUGUCUCCAUUGCAGCUAACUAUGCUUUCAUUUCGCCCCCAGUCGAAGCUACCUGUGGCAAUUUCUGUUCAUCAGAUGAAUCCUUUUGUUUGUGUGUUUGUCAAAUUGUCAAAUUUUAAUCGGGCUCCUUGCUGGUUUCAUUAUGAACCAAAAUUUGGUGAGGAAAUAUAUUAGCAGGUUCUUCAGCAUGCUCGGGCUCCUAAUGAAGUUAAUGAGUGGGAGGGAAAGAUAAGCUAUUUUUUUUUCUGUGGAAAAUUUCAGAAACCCAUUAGGUAGGAAAAUGGUAUAUUACAUUCAAUCUCACUUCGUCCUAAUUUGCUGGCUUCUACCUUGUUUGUGUGUGUGUGUGUCACAUGAGGGUUACAUAUGCCAUUUAAUUUUUGUUGUAAGGAAUACCAAGUGAAAGCAAUUAAAGCAUCUGUCACAUUUCAGCACUAAAAAAGAAGGGAUCACUGAACACACACCUUUCUUGUUGUUUACCAUGUUCUGUUCUUAACACAUUGCAUCAUUGGUUUUUUGCGAAGCAUUCAACAUGCAGGAUCAUUUGAAAUGCUCCCUCUUGUGGGCUAAGUUUUUUUAAUUCUUAUGUACUCCUAAUGUGGGAGUUUUCUUACAGAAAAUGUAUCGCAACAAAAGGUCAUUUUUUUCUGUGUAUUUUCCUACUUCAAGUUAUAAAUGCCCCCUUUGUUUGCUGCCUAUUCCUUAAAGCUUGGUCUUCAGGCAGCUGUGUGCAUUGAAAGAUUUCUGGUCAGUUGCCUCUUAACGCUGCAUGUUCCUGUGAUGCCAUAUUUGCCUGCUGAUGUACUGAGCUUUGCUCAACGCUCGCACUACGGAGAAUGCACACCCUUUCUUCCAUGUCUUUCUCUUUUUUUUUUUUUUUUUUUGCUCUAAGUGUGAGCGAUAUGCGACCUAAGCAGUGCCUAAGUGCUUUGCAUUGUCAAAAUUAUUGUCACCAAUGUUUGCAAAAUGUUAUAUAAUAAAGAACCACACUGUGCCACAGAAA